GUUUCUAACCAGUACUCACGCCUAUCAAUUUCCGUUACACACACAGGUUCUUACAUAUUCGUCUUCGUCAUCUCUCUCUCUGAAAUCUCUGGUUCUUAGUUCUCCAGGCAAACUCACUCUCUCUUUUCCUUUAUUCUGUGCCCUAACACAAUGGGUAAAGCUGUGGUUUCGGACGAAGAAGAUGAGGUCGAACUCGACGAGGAAGAGAGGGAACAAGUUGAUGGCGAUGGAGGCGAUGAUCGAGACGACGAUGAAGAGGAUGAGGAUGACGAAGAAGGACAAGAUGAAUAUGAAAAAGAUGGUUUUAUAGUGGAUGAUGUUGAUGAAGAAGAACCAGAUGAAGAGGAAGAGAGGGUAGACAGCGAUGAGGAGAGGCAGAAAAAGAAGAAAAGAAAGAAAAAAGAGGAGUACACCCUUGAUGAAGAUGAUUAUGAGCUCCUUGAGUAUAACAAUGUCAUACCUCGCAGGAAGGAUAAAAAGUUUAAACGGCUUAAAAAAGCUCAGAGGCAUAAUGCGGCGGAGUCUUCUGGUUUUUCUGAUGAGGAGGAAUUUGAUGGAAGUGGUAAAGUUGGACGAACUGCAGAGGAGAAGCUUAAGCGCAGUUUAUUUGGCGACGAUGAAGGUGCUCUGCUCGAGGACAUUGCUGAAGAGGAGGAACCAGUGGAAGAGGAAGAUGACGGAGAAAUUGGUGAGGAUGAUGAAAUGGCUGACUUCAUUGUAGAUGAAGAAUUUGAUGAAAGUGGAGUUCCUGUGAGACAGAGGAAGUUGAAGAGAAAGAAGUCUCGGCAGGCACCAGGUGUUUCCUCAUCUGCUUUGCAGGAGGCUCAUGAAAUAUUUGGUGAUGUUGAUGAAUUAUUACAACUUAGAAAACAAGGAUUGGAUUCUGGUGAAUGGAAGGAAAGGAGACUUGAAGAUGAAUUCGAACCAAUUGUUCUAUCUGAAAAGUAUAUGACAGAGAAGGACGACCAGAUCCGGGAGCUUGAUGUUCCAGAAAGAAUGCAGGUUUCUGAGGAAAGCACUGGUUCUCCUCCUCUGGAUGAAAUUAGUAUUAUGGCUGAGAGUACCUGGAUACAUAAACAACUUACAUCUGGUGUGAUGCCUUUGUUUGGUGAGACUCAUGGGCAGGAUUUGUCUGUAAACAGGGAUGACAUCAUCAGAUUUUUGGACCUUCAUCAUGUGCAGAAGUUGGAUAUUCCUUUUAUUGCUAUGUAUCGGAAAGAGGAGUGUCUAAGCUUGUUGAAGGAUCCCGAUGAUGACAAUCAGGAUACUGAGAGAACUCCUAGUCUGAAGUGGCACAAGGUGCUCUGGGCAAUUCAGGACCUGGACAGAAAGUGGUUGCUACUUCAGAAACGAAAGAGUGCUCUCCAGUUAUACUACAAUAAGCGGUUUGAGGAGGAAUCUCGACGUGUUUAUGAUGAGAGAAAGCUUGCCUUUAAUCAGCCCAUUUUUGAGUCAAUUAUGAAUGCACUUAAAGCUGCAGCAUCAGAAAGAGAAGUUGAUGAUGUUGACUCCAAGUUUAAUCUGCAUUUCCCAGCUGGUGAGGUUGGUGCUGAUGAAGGACAAUAUAAGCGGCCCAAGAGGAAAUCAUUGUAUAGUGUUUGCAGUAAGGCGGGCUUGUAUGAUGUUGCAAGCAAGUUUGGGUACAGCUCUGAGCAAUUUGGAUUGCAGUUAUCGUUGGAAAGGAUGAGGAUGGAUGAAUUGGAGGAUGCUAGGGAAACACCAGAAGAGAUGGCUUCUACAUAUACGUGUGCCAUGUUUGAGUCACCUCAAGCUGUUCUCAAAGGAGCUAGGCAUAUGGCAGCUGUUGAGAUAAGUUGUGAGCCAUGUGUCAGGAAAUAUGUUAGAGCCAACUACUUGGAUAAUGUUGUGAUAUCAACUUGCCCAACAUCUGAUGGAAAAGUUGCAAUAGAUUCUUUUCAUCAGUUUUCUGGAGUGAAGUGGUUGCGUGAAAAGCCACUAACUAGUUUUAAGGAUGCACAGUGGCUCCUCAUCCAGAAAGCUGAAGAGGAAAAACUUCUUCAAGUGACUAUUAAGCUGCCAGAAAAGAAACUAAAUAAAUUGAUAAAUGACUUCAAUGAGUACUAUCUUAGUGAUGGUGUUAGUAAGUCUGCUCAACUAUGGAAUGAGCAGCGAAAGUUGAUAUUGCAGGAUGCUCUUUUUACUUUUCUCCUCCCUUCCAUGGAGAAAGAAGCAAGAGCCUUGUUGACUAGUAGAGCCAAGAACUGGUUGCUAAUGGAAUACGGAAAGGUUUUGUGGAACAAAGUUUCUGUGGGACCAUACCAAAGGAAGGAGAAUGACAUUAACUCUGAUGAUGAAGCUGCACCAAGGGUCAUGGCCUGCUGUUGGGGUCCGGGAAAACCAGCCACCACUUUUGUGAUGCUAGAUUCAUCUGGAGAGGUGCUAGAUGUUCUGUAUACUGGCUCCCUCACUUUACGAUCUCAAAAUGUUACUGACCAGCAACGGAAGAAAAAUGAUCAAGAACGGGUUUUAAAGUUCAUGACGGACCACCAACCUCAUGUUGUUGUUCUAGGGGCUGUUAAUUUGUCUUGUACCCGCCUGAAGGAUGAUAUUUAUGAGAUUAUCUUUAAGAUGGUGGAAGAAAACCCAAGGGAUGUUGGGCAUGAUAUGGACGGCCUAAGCAUUGUGUAUGGAGAUGAAUCCUUGCCUCGUUUGUACGAAAAUUCUCGCGUUUCAUCUGACCAGCUACCUGGACAAUCAGGCAUUGUUAAACGGGCUGUGGCCCUUGGACGAUUUCUUCAAAACCCAUUGGCCAUGGUAUCCACACUAUGCGGACCAGGAAAGGAAAUUUUGUCUUGGAAACUUAAUCCUUUAGAAACCUUUCUUACCACUGAUGAGAAAUACGGGAUGGUUGAACAGGUCAUGGUAGAUGUUACAAACCAGGUGGGCCUUGACAUAAAUUUAGCUAUAGGCCAUGAAUGGUUAUUUGCUCCGUUGCAAUUUGUUUCUGGGCUUGGACCCAGGAAGGCUGCAUCUCUUCAAAGAUCUUUGGUAAGAGCUGGGGCAAUAUUCACUAGGAAAGACUUUUUGACAGCCCAUGGGCUAGGUAAAAAGGUGUUUGUCAACGCAGUUGGUUUCUUGCGUGUUCGGUGCAGUGGGAUGGCUAGCAGCAGUCAAUUCAUUGAUUUGUUGGAUGAUACAAGAAUACAUCCAGAGUCUUAUGCUCUUGCACAAGAGUUGGCUAAAGACGUUUACGAUGAAGACGGUGCAAAUGAUGAUGACGAUGCAAUGGAGAUGGCAAUAGAGCAUGUUAGACAUCAGCCUACUGUCUUAAAAACUCUAGCAGUUGAGGAAUAUGCUAAAAGCAAGAACCGUGAGAAUAAGAUAGAAACAUUUUAUGAUAUUAAGAGGGAAUUAAUGCAUGGCUUUCAGGACUGGCGUAAACAAUAUGAAGAGCCAAGUCAGGAUGAAGAGUUUUAUAUGAUCUCAGGUGAAACUGAAGAUACUCUUGCUGAAGGGAGAAUUGUUCAAGCCACAAUUCGUAGGGUUCAAGCUCAAAAGGCUAUCUGUGUUCUGGAUUCUGGAUUGACUGGGAUGCUUAUGAAAGAAGACUAUUCGGAUGACGGGAGGGAUAUCUCUGAGUUAUCUGACAGGUUGCAUGAAGGUGACAUUCUCACUUGCAAGAUUAAAUCUAUCCAGAAGAAUAGGUAUCAGGUUUUCCUAAUUUCUAAAGAGAGUGAAAUGAGAAAUAACAGAUAUCAGAAUGCUAGGGAACUUGAUCCAUAUUACCAGGAAGAUCGAAGCAAUCUGCAAAGUGAGCAAGAAAAAGCUCGCAAAGAGAAGGAACUAGCAAAGAAACAUUUUAAGCCAAGAAUGAUUGUUCAUCCUCGUUUCCAGAAUAUAACUGCAGACGAAGCAAUGCAGUUUUUGUCUGAAAAGGAUCCUGGUGAAAGUGUUAUUCGUCCUAGUUCACGUGGACCUUCAUUCUUAACAUUAACUCUGAAAGUUUACGAUGGAGUCUAUGCUCACAAAGACAUUGUUGAAGGUGGAAAGGAGCACAAGGACAUCACCAGCUUACUCCGUAUAGGAAAGACCUUGAAAAUUGGGGAGGACACUUUUGAAGAUCUGGAUGAGGUAAUGGAUCGAUACGUUGAUCCUUUGGUGGGUCUUUUGAAGACAAUGCUAAGUUACCGCAAGUUUAAGAAAGGUGCGAAAGCAGAAGUCGAUGAACUCUUGAAAAUUGAGAAAGCAGAGCAUCCUAUGAGAAUUGUUUAUUGCUUUGGCAUAUCCCAUGAACAUCCUGGUACUUUCAUUCUGACUUACAUACGAAGUUCAAAUCCGCACCAUGAGUAUAUUGGUCUCUAUCCAAAAGGGUUCAAGUUCAGAAAAAGGAUGUUUGAGGACAUUGAUCGCCUUGUAGCAUAUUUUCAGCGGCAUAUCGAUGAUCCUCAGCAUGAUUCAGCACCAUCAAUUAGAUCAGUUGCUGCUAUGGUGCCGAUGCGAAGUCCUGCUGCUGGGGGCUCUUCGGGGACAUCUGUUGGCAGUGGUUGGGGUGGUUCAACAAACGAGGGUGGCUGGAGAGGUCAGUCUUUUGACAGGGAACGUUCCUCUACACCAGGUUCAAGAACAGGCCGCAAUGAUUUUAGAAAUAGUGGUGGAGGUGGAGGUGGACAUCCAAGUGGGGUGCCUAGGCCAUAUGGCGGGCGUGGCCGUGGGCGGGGUUCAUACAACAGCAGCAGAGGGAAUAAUAAUGAAAGACAUGAUUCUGGCCAUGAUGCUCCCAAGUGGGAUUCAGCUGCCAAAGAUGGAGAUGAUGGUUGGAGCAGUGGCAGUGGAAAUAGUUGGGGUGGUGGUGGUGCCAAUGACAGUGAUACUGGACAAUGGAGUGGUGGCAGGGGAAGGGAUGCUGGUGGGGCCACAGGGGGGUGGGGUUCUGACCCCAAAAAGAGUUCAGCCCAGUCUGAAAGUGGGAACGGAUGGUCUGGCAGCGGAGGUGGUUGGUGAAGGUUGUAGAACUGCUUAUCUCACCUAUCUCAACUGCAUGCUUAAGCCAUCACUUAUUCCUGACGUUUCUGAGUUUGGACUAAUUUUCCUGCCCAUGGAAUAUAAUAGCUUGCGUUUUGAGGUGCUUUUGCAUUUCUAUCUAACCUGUAGGUAUUUUUGCAUUUACAUUAGUUAAUCAAUGGUUAAAAAAAAACUUUGUUA